UUCCAAUAUGUAUUUAAGUACUAUUCAAUAUCUUAUUCUUAUUUUAAUUUAAUUGAAAGAAAAAGAAAAGGGUUAACAGUCCCUGGAAUUCCAAAAUCUAAAGUAGCAAUUUUCGGUAAAGAAUUACUCACGGUGCAUACGAUGGAUGCUUCCGCCGCAGCGCAGCCACCUUUGACCACCCAAUUGCAACCAUCACAUUCUCAGGUACAUAUAACUGCCGACAAUCUCCGCACGUUCUCCGACUCUCUCACCGCUUUCCAACAAUGCUUGAAUGAUCUGCAACGGCACAUGAAUUCAAUACAAACCUCAAUCAACUCUAUGCUGCUUCCCCCUCAAUCUUUACCUGCCUCAUCAUCAUCACCAGCAGUUGCAACCCCAGCCCCGGCCCUGGCCCCUGAGCCAGAAUCAUCUUGGGAAUCUGACCCCUCUGAAGACCUAGAAGAAGAAGAAGAAGAAGUCAACCAAGAGGAGAAGGUAGUGAAGGGAGAGGAAGGCGAGGAAGUGAAUUCGCCUCACUUAGAACUGAAAUUGCCUCCUUCAGAACUGAAAUCGCCUCUUUCAGAACUGAAAUUGCCUCCUUCAGAACUGAAAUCGCCUCCUUCAGAACUGAAAUUGCCUCCUUCAGAACUGAAAUCGCCUCGUUCAGAACCGAAAUUUCCUCCUUCAGAACCGAAAUCGCUUCGUUCAGAACUGAAAUCGCCUCCUUCAGAAGUGAAAUCGCCUCCUUCAGAACUGAAAUCGCCUCCUUCGGAAGUGAAAUCGCCUCCUUCGAAAGUGAAAUCGCCUCCUUCAGAACUGAAAUCGCCUCCUUCGGAACUGAAAUCACCUCGUUCAGAGUUGGAAAUCUUCUGUGAAACGAUGGACCAUUGUGGUUUGCGGAAGUAUAUGACAACACAUAUCUCAAAUUUUCGUAGACUGCGUGAAGAAGUCCAUAAGGCGUUGAGACUUUCGCCUAAUCCUGCAACCCUUGUAUUUAAUUGUAUCGGUAAGUUUUAUAUUACAGCGGGCAAGAAGUUUGCUAAUGAAUCACCUUUGGGUCGGGGAAGGAAGGCUAAAGUAUUGAUUUUGGAGUGCUUGUUGUUAAUGAUUGGAAUCUACGAUAAGGAAAUCGAGCUUGAGAAUUGGGUGAAGGAAGAGGCAGAGCAUAGAGCUUUAGCAUGGUUGGAGAGGAUGAAUUCUGAAGGAGGAAAGCCUCAAGAAAUCGAUGCCCGAGGUUUGCUCUUCUUUAUUGGGGGUUUUGGGAUUCCAGAUCAAUUUACAAAUGCGAAUAUCAGAAAUUUGAUUCAGGUAAGUAACCUUAAGUGGAGUUGUGAUGCACUCAAACGAUCAAACGCUCUCUUGGCGAAGCUUCCAGAAAUAAUAGAGGAAAUGGUGGCAAACAAGGCAGUAGUUAAAGCUGUUCAUAUUGUCUAUAGUGUUGGAAUGGAGGACAAAUUUAACCCUAGGACACUUUUAACAACAUUUAUAAGAGAGUCUAAGAAAUCAUUUGAUAACAUGAAUGGAUCACAAAGUGCACAUCAAGGGAAUAUUGUAGCAAAAGGGAAGUACUUAGGUGAUCUGAGAUCGAUCAUCAAAUGUUUGAGAAUUCAUGAGGUUGAUCCUUCAAAAGUUCUUCCAGGAUGGGAAAUCAGUAAGAGAAUAGCGAGCUUGGAGAAAGAAAUCUCUGAAUUCAAUAAGCAGAUACUACCUGAUAAGCAGAUAGCACAUGGAUCACAUAAGAGAAAAAAGGAUGGAACUGUGUGGUUGAGAAACAAAGAAGUGAAACACUCACAUCCUUCAAAUCCAUGGCCGCCACAACAUCACAGAGUUGCUAGUAAUGUCAUUAACAAUAACACCUUGUUUGAAGGUGGUGUAACUGCUGGCCACAAUUAUGAUUAUUUUAUGCCACCUUUGGUGUUGCAUGGACCUGUUGCGGGCUCAAUGCAUGAAAAUGUUGGUUAUUCGCUGGCAGGACCUGUGAGAGGUGUGGCCAUUGGUGGACCUGGAGCAGGUAUAUCAGCUAAUAGUAUUCAUGCAGGCAUGGAUGUUGUCCCACAAGGAGUUCCGUAUGCUGGAGGUCAUGGAGGGAAUCGAGUUGAUAGCAUACCCGGGCAAGUAGGAAGUCAUGCUGGUCAAUUUUAUGGAUCCGCUUAUAGGCCAUCAACGCCAAACACCAAAACCGGUGAUACUUAUAGGCCUGCACCAUUCAUGGAAAGCUCAAAGGGCUUGCCAAACACCAUACCUGGUGAUUCUAGUAGGACACCACCAUACUUGAAAGUCUCUCCGGGGUUACCAAACACCAUAUCCAGUAAUGCUUGUAGGCCUGUUCCGUACACGGAAAGCUCUAAGGGUUUGCCAAAGACCAUAUCUGGUGAUGCUAAUAGGCCAUCACCAAAACUGGAAGGCUCUAUUGCCAAAGACCAUAAAUGGUGAUGCUUAUAGGCCACCACCAUAUUUGGAAGGCUCUAUGGGGUUGCCAAACACACCUCCACCACAUCAGUUUGUUAAUACUGUUCCAGCGACUGAACUAAACCAAAGCAGUGGCUCAAAGGCAGUUGAUUCUCAUCCUUCGUCCUCCUUGUACAAGCAGAGAUAAUUUUGAGUUGGCUAGGCAUUAAUUUCUCCCUAGUUUUCGUUUCUGUAGUAUAUAAAGCCAGUCUAGAACUGAUUUUGGCAGUCUCUGGAAUGCUUGUGUUUCAUUAGCGUCUUUUGUCUUGUAACUUUGACACUUUUCUUGUGGUUUGUUAUUUUUCCUGAAUGAUAUUUUUGGUAUAACUUUGGUAAUU